GCCGCCUGGUUCACAAGUGAGGCGGCGACGGCGAUGGAAGGCGCGCUGUUGCUGUUGCUGAUCGCGUGCUGGCGCGGCGCCGCCCCCGCGGAGGCGGCCAGGGCCUGCGAGGCCGCCUCCACCACCGCCAGCGGCUCCAGGGCGCCGAGCCAGUUCUGCAAGGGCGACCUCAUCUUCGACGAGGAGUUCUCGACCUUGGACCUGGCCGCGUGGGAGCACGAGGUCACUCUGGCGGGAGGCGGGAACUGGGAGUUCCAGCUGUACGGCAACAACAGGAGCAACAGCUACGCCGAGGACGGCAGGCUGUACUUGACGCCGAGCCUGACGGCCGAGCAGUACGGCGAGGCCUUCCUCAGCUCGGGCACCAUCAGCCUGUACGGGGGCGCGCCGGCCGACACGUGUACCAACCCUGCAGACUACGGCUGCAGUAGAACUGGCAGUACCACCAACAUACUGAACCCGGUAAAGUCCGCGAGGAUCCGCACCAUCAACUCCUUCCGCUUCAAGUACGGGCGUGUGGAGAUAAAGGCGAAGAUGCCCUCCGGAGACUGGCUGUGGCCAGGCAUGUGGAUGCUGCCCCUCUACAACGCCUACAGCACGUGGCCAGCCUCGGGGGAAAUUGACCUGGCAGAGUCGCGUGGCAACGCCAACUACGUCCAGGACGGCGUGAACAUCGGCUCUGAGCAGGUGGCGUCCACCCUGCACUUCGGGCCGUACAGUGGCUUGGAUGCCUACGAGAGGGCUCACUUCCAGAAGAACGCCGGGGCAGGUGGUGGCUACGACAAGGAAUUCCACCUCUACCAGAUGGAGUGGACCGCAGAUCACAUCAAGUUCAGCUUGGAUGGUGUUGAGAUGGGCACGGUGACACCUCCAAGUGGCGGGUUUUGGGAGCUUGGGAAUUUUAAUUCCGUCAACCCAUCAGCCGACAACCCAUGGCGAGGAGGGACGAAGAUGGCUCCUUUUGACCAGGAGUUCUACAUCCUGCUGAACCUUGCAGUCGGAGGGGUGAACGGAUACUUCCCAGACAGCGCUGCAAACCCCAAGAGCAAACCGUGGCUCAAUACAUCACCCCAGGCAUCCACGGACUUCUGGAAUGGCCGCGCUGACUGGCUGCCCACAUGGGGAACAGCUGAAACCAAGUCCUUGCAAGUGGACUGGGUUAAGGUUUGGGCUGUAUGAGGUCUUCACCACACCUUAAUGAGAAGUCAGAAAGUGUAACACAAGAACAAUGCUCUAAAGAGUAAAAUGUAUUUUAAGUGUCACUUUAAAUUUUGUUUGAAAAAUCAUUAAAAUUAAAUAAAUUAAUCUUA